AUGAGCUCUACCAAUUUCGCCCAAGCCCAGCAGCGGUUGGCUGCGCGUCGACAGGCUCGCGAACGAGAAGCUCAAGCUCGACUCGACGCUACCCGCCAAGCAUCGCGAGCCUGGACUGAAGUGACGCGUUUACCAUAUCCCUUGAAUCGACUUGGAACUUCAUCGUUAUCGGUAUGGGAAGUAAUCUCGUCACGCGAAGGCACGAGACCUGCCUUUCGAGUCGGCCAAGUCGAUGCUGAAUUAUUAGACGAAGACCUCGUAACUCAACUACGCGAUCAGGUUGGUGAAGCGCUCAAAUACUUUGGAGGUACCUUAAAGGAUGACUGGUCAGCUGAGAUUCUGCUUGUGCUUCGUACGAUACUUUUCAAACUUACGGUCUGGGAUCAUGAUGCGACCUAUGGUGCGGCUCUACAAAACCUCAAAUAUACCGACGCGAGACGCGAUGGGUUGGUCUUAACUCCUCCUAGUAAAUGGCAGAAGAGCCUCUAUGGUCUUAUUACUGUAGGAGGGAAAUAUAGUUGGACAAAAUGGGAGAAUUGGCUACUGGACCGAGACAAUGGAUAUGAUCAACCCUCGCCGAUGGUACGGAGGCUUGGCAAACUCACGUCACAGAUCACUACUCUCCACUCGGUAGCUGCCUUCGCCUCCUUCCUCGCCUUCCUCUUGCAUGGGAGGUACCGAACAAUACUAGACAGGGUAUUAAGAAUGCGGCUAGCUCCACCCACCAGUCAAGUUAGUCGUGAAGUUUCUUUCGAGUACCUCAACCGACAACUAGUAUGGCACGCAUUUACCGAGUUCUUACUCUUCGUCCUACCCUUAGUAGGGAUUAAUAGAUGGCGUAGGUGGCUUGGUCGCACAUGGAGGAAGACCAAAGAGAUCAUCAAUGUCAGCAAGGAGGGUGAUGUCAACGAGAAGCGAGGCGACUUUGCGUUUCUACCCGAGCGGACAUGUGCUAUUUGCUACCAGGAUCAAAACUCGGCUGUCUCAGAGACCGAAGUUUUGGCCGCGGCCGCCUCAAGUGGAGUUGUAGGCUCGACGCAGACGGAUAUCACGAAUCCAUAUGAGACGAUCCCAUGUGGUUGCAUAUAUUGCUUUGUAUGCAUUGCAACCAGGUUGGAGCGUGAGGAGGGCGAAGGCUGGACUUGUUUACGGUGUGGCGAUCUGGUAAAGGAGUGCAAACCAUGGAACGGUGAUGUUCUAGAAGAACAACCGAAGUCAUCGGCACCAGCCACGAAACACGUGGGGUUUAUCGAUGACGAGAAAUCCGGUCCCGAUCCCUCAGAUGAUAAUGAUGACACCAUUCAUGAAUUUCAACAGCCAACACGAGAGGAACAGCUCGAGUCAGCGGCAUCGGAUUCUCCUGAAGAUAAUGACUCGGAAGUAUACGAAGAAGAAGAGGCCGGGGUGGAGGAAGGGUUCGACGACUAA